AUGCACUCAUUACUUCGAUCGGCUACAGCCGUCCUUGGCUGGACGGUAGCUGUCAACGCCUUCGACGUCACAUGGACUGACAAGAAGUCCAUUGAGAAGGCUGCUAGCCAAGCCGCUGGUGGUUUGGUAGCUUGGUACUCUGGAGACCAACCCGGUGAUACACCAGGAAACUUGCCAGACCCUUACUACUGGUGGGAGGCUGGUGCUAUGUUCGGCACUCUAGUUGACUACUGGUGGCUUACCGGCGACGAUAAAUACAACAAGAUCACAAAACAAGCCUUGAUCCAUCAGGCAGGCCCUGAUGGCGAUUACAUGCCCGACAACCAAACGAUGACAGAAGGAAACGACGAUCAAGGCUUCUGGGCCAUGGCCGCAAUGUCAGCAGCAGAGCAUCAAUUCCCAGAUCCUCCAGAGGACACGCCUGGGUGGCUCGCCCAGGUUCAGGGUGUUUUCAACGAGUACGUCAGUCGCUGGGACGAUGAAUACUGCGGUGGUGGUAUGCGCUGGCAAAUCUUCAAGUGGAACACUGGUUUCGAUUACAAAAACGCCAUCUCUAACGGUUGCUUCUUUAAUGUCGCCUCUCGCCUGGCGCUGUAUACAGGCAACCAAACUUACGCCGACUGGGCCGAGAAGGUCUGGAAAUGGCACAUCGAAGCUGGCGUCAUCACCGACAAGUUUGCAGUACAGGACGGUGUUCACAUCGGCUCUAAGCCCUCCGCAAAGUGUAACGAUAUCGAUAAGACGCAGUGGUCCUACAACACUGGUAUUUUCCUUCACGGCGCUGCCACCAUGUACAACCUCACAUCAAGUGAUGACUGGAAGAAGCGCACCGACGGCCUUCUGGACGAUGUUUUCAACAGAUUUGUCAAGAACGAGAUCAUCUACGAGCAGUUUUGCGAACCCCACAAGCAGUGCAGUCAGGAUCAGCAGAGUUUCAAAGGCUACCUCGCCCGAUGGUUGGCCGCCACGACGCAGCUGUACUCCUCUACCAACGACAGGAUCAUGAAGCUCCUCAAGACGAGCGCUCAGGCCGCCGCGAAGGUGUGCACAGGAUCUCCCGCGGAAGGAUACAAGGGCGCCGCAGGAACAGCCUGUGGCUUCUCCUGGACGACUGAUACAUUUGACGGCUCUAUUGGAGUAGGACCCCAGAUGAACGCCCUCUCCAUCCUCAUGUACACGCUCGUCGAAAGCGCCAAGGGACCUGUCACAUCCAAGACUGGAGGAACAUCCAAGGGAAACCCCGGCGGUGGAAACACAGAUUGGAACGACGACGACGUUGCCAAGCCUAAGCUGAAGGAUAUCACAACAGCUGACAAGGCAGGUGCUGGUAUUCUGACGUUACUUUUCUUGGCUGGUGUCAUUGGAGGUGUUUCUUUCUUGGUUGUCGAUUUUUAA